CCAGCAUUAGAGUCAGACGUGUGGAUGAAGGGCUCUCAGCACCUCGUCACCCUCCUCUGGAGGCUGGCUUGGCUGUGUCCUGUGACGUGUACCCACAAUGCACCAAGUAAACAACAAACAGAAGCUGUUAUUCUCGGCCUUCUUCGGGGACCACUGGCCCAAGAUAACAUUCUUUUUGUUAUCGAUUCUGGAGCUCUGACAAUUCUGGACAUCGAUAUAAUCCUGGCCAAGCGAGGCACAACACCGUCUGGUGGUAUUCUGGUCGUCAGCGAGGAGUCCACGGAUUUCUUCCUUCAGGCCUCUCUCUACUUUCUUAGAGGGAGAUUUCUUACGACAGUGCUCAUCUUUGCUGAGGACCCACAACGUCUCCUGGACAGCCUGAAUCACCGAUGGAAUCCAGAUUUUCUUCUCUUGCUUAAUCUCAACCCAACUAUAAAUACAACUAUUCUCUUUUGGAAUGACAAAAUUCAGAGAUCUAGACACAUCGCGCUCAUUGAACCUGAGAUGAAGUUUGUUCCUCCAAAAUUUAAGGUCUUCACAAGCAAGUCAUUCAAACAAAACACCGUAGUGAAAUAUCCUAUGGGCCUAUGGAAAGAGAAGGAUUUUGCCUCUAAGACCAGUCUUUUCCCAGAGAGAUUGAAAACUCUUGAUGGCUCAGUGCUCCAACUAGCCUCCUUUUGCGACAACUUCCCUUUCCUGUACCCACAGAACGAUGUGUGUGUAGGCUCGAACUUCGACCUCCUGGAUAUCAUCGCCGCUAAACUCAACUUCACGUACACUACCCAAAUGGAGCCCAAAGACCACAAAUGGGGCGCAAUGGAAAAUGGAACCUGGACUGGCAUGCUGGGGGAUCUUAUGUAUAACGACAAGGACCUUGCCAUCAAUCUUAUCCAGCUGUCAGACGAAAUCAUCUACGAGUUCGACAUCUCGAAUCCCUACUUCGUGGAGAGUUACGUGUUUGUGCUCCGUGUGCCUCCCCCUUUGCCAUUGUGGCGGGGACUCGUGUACCCGUUCUCGGGGUUCCUGUGGCUGGCUAUCAUAUCCACCAUAGUGUUGGUGAUCGCGCUCCUCACCCUCUGCCUCCAUCUGGUGCCAGAUCAAUACGACCUCUCAAAUGUCUUUAUUCUGGUCCUGGGCGGGGUGGUGUGUCAAGGCGUGAAGCAGAGGCUAGAGGCGACGUGGACGAGACUGUGGCUAGGGUGUUGGUUACUAGCCUGCGUCAUCCUCACUACCGCCUACACUGGCAACCUGGUCGCCUUCCUCUCCGUUCCUGUCUAUCCCACACGGAUCGAGACGGUGGAGCAGCUUGCAGCUUCCGGACUGAGGAUCUGCAUGCAAGACUACGGGAGCUUCGUGCCCGCCGCCCUCAAGGUCUCCACAGACCCGGCCCUGUACACCCUGGGGAACAAAAUGGAUCUCUUUCCCUACGCCUACCUGAAUUUCGACGUGGGGUUCAAGUGGGUAGUGAGCAAUACACAUUCUCUGCUGGAUACCUAUUCCUAUCUGGUCAACAUCGUGGACCACUAUGGCAUUACUGAUGACGUCUACUUCAUGAAGGAGAUGGUGUAUCCGGGCUACGUGUCGUGGAUCCUGAGGAAGAACUGUCCGUACACGCCGCUGCUGGUGGAGGCGCUGACCCGCCUGCAGGAGGCCGGUCUGGUCGACUACGAGUACAACACCCGCAUGGCGAAAGUACGCGGCCGAGAUCAAGUUGGCCACGAUAAGGUGUCGGCUGGGAGGAGCCUGCAGCUAGGACAGUUGCUGGGGGCGUUCAUGCUCUGGGCUCUGGGACUGACCGCAGCUGCUCUAGUCUUACUUGUAGAAUUCCUAGUGCAUUCUGGUGCCUUGCCAAUCAAAUAGAUCCCUCAGCAGAGUACGUUCUAUCGCCCUUCAGCCUAGGAUUAUUCCUCCGAACUCACACUAUUUAAUUUAAUUCUUAUUUAAUAUUUAACUGAAAGGGCAAAUCCGCUCACUCAAUAUUGCAUAACUUUAGAAAAGGAGAAAUGUGAGUUAAUAAAAGUCCUGAUUCA